AUGUCAUCAAAAGGGGAAACAGAGGCCGAUUCUGGCACCGUGUCGCCGAAUCUAUCAACUGUGAAAAAUGAAACUGUGGCAGUACCUACAAAGGAAACACCAAAACGUGGCAAUAGUACACUAUUAAAGUGUACUACAUGUAAUAGUUUUAGCACCUUAAGCACACGCGCCUUAAACACACAUAUGGCGCAGUGCUCUCCAGAUAACAAUAAUGUGGCAACAGCACAAAACGCUGAUGCCAGGCCGCAUAGAAAACUUUUUGAGUGUGAUGUGUGCAAUAUGAAAUUUUCAAAUGGCGCCAACAUGCGCCGCCAUAAAAUGCGUCACACUGGCGUCAAACCUUACGAAUGUAGAGUAUGCCAAAAGCGGUUCUUCAGGAAAGAUCACUUAGCUGAGCACUUCACGACCCACACUAAAAGCUUGCCAUACCAUUGCCCGAUAUGUAACCGAGGAUUCCAGCGACAGAUCGCGAUGCGCGCUCAUUUCCAGAACGAGCAUGUUGGGCAACAUGACCUUGUCAAAACUUGCCCUCUAUGCAGUUACCGCGCUCCAACUAUGAAAAGUCUAAGAGUCCACUUCUUCAACAGACAUGGCAUUGAUCUCGACAACCCAGGCCCAGGGAAUACCUCUGUUUCUCUUCUAGCUGCGGGUAUUGCCAAUGCUGCAUAUGGCGAUGGUACAAUGGAUCCGAACACUUUGAAUGCCUUAGGUGCUCUGGGAUCAGGACUAUCAGUGUCAGUUGCGGCAGCUUACUCAGAUAGUGGAGAUAGUAAUGGAGAAAGAUCCGUAGACAAUGCAACCCCACCUAUGCACUAUUUAACCCCUCAUGUGGAGAUAUCAAUGGCAGAUAACAACGAAACAUUUUCACCGGGGCAAACAAACCACAUGGGCAAUUCCGAUUCACGCGUGAAUGGCGAAGGGCCGAGUUCACCGCAGUCUGGUGAUAGCGCCAUCGCUAGCAGCUCACUUUCAGCUGGCAUGCCCACCAAUAUAACUCCAUCCAUAACGCUUAUACCUAUUAAACAGGAGCCCAACGCUGGGGAAGAUGGGAAUGGAGGGGAGCGUGAAAGUGACUCCAACGGUGGCGACAAACGAGACGUGUCAUCUAGUCUUACGUCACUGAUAAAGGUGUCGCCUUUGAAAAGUCUGCUCAGAGAAGACAUUCGCCGCAGGAUUUCUGCUCGCGGACGGACGCGUGGCUCCAACGCUUCCCGCGCUUCUCCGUGCGAAGGCGGCGUGAUCACAUCGACGCACGGCGAUACAGCGCUGCUGCCCUCCUCCCUCGUCUGCACCUUUUGCUCCAUAACAUUCCCGGAUUCCACCCUGUACUUCCUGCACAAGGGAUGCCAUUGCGACUCCAACCCGUGGAAGUGCAACAUCUGCGGCGAGCAGUGCUGCAAUGUCUACGAGUUCAACUCUCACCUGCUCUCCAAGAGUCACCAAUGA